UUAUAUUAUUUAUUGUUAUUAAUUACGGCGUCUCUGCGAUAUACGACUGCUAUAUGUUGGUAAGAAAUAUUCAGAAGUUAUUUUAUGGUUAUGGUGUGAAAUCGGCGGUAUUUAACCUAUUGUGGUUGGGAGUUCAUAGUUUUUUGAUGGUUAAUAUAAUUUUAUCAAUCAAAGGAUUGGUGGAUGAACUCGACAAAACCAAAGACAUUGUUAAUAAUUUAAUAAAUUCACAGACGGACAGUAUGGAAAUAGCUAAUCAACUUACGCUAUUCAGAGGUGAAUUAUCACACAAGAGUGUAAAAAUUACCGGAUGUGGAUUAUUUACAUUAGACAGCAGCCUAUUGAUCUCUGCUUGUCAUACAACUGUUACAUACUUGGUAAUACUUUGCCAGUUGGAUGAGAGAGCCAUUAAAAAUAAUUAAUGGUUAUUUAAAAAACUUAUUAAUAUAAUUUAAGUCCAGUUUAAAAAUGUGACUAAAAUAACCGCUGAUUAAAUCAUAACCUAAAAUUAAAACAUCCAGAAUAUUCUGGUAUAUAAUAAUACUAUAUAAUAGUAUAUACUAUUGAAAAAUUUAAUCAUUUAAAAUGUCUAAAUCAAUAUCAAUACUGUAAGUAUCGCCAUCAGUAGUAAAAUCAUCAGUCUUCUGUUCAUUAAUAAACUUAAUUCUAUCUUCUAUAGAUGGAAAAACAAUUGAAUUCUUCUCAAUAUAUAUGCCUAACGCAUAACGAGUUGUUUCUGCCGAAACUAAAAAUAAUAAAUUAAACAAGUUAACUAAUUAAUAACAAUUCAUUUUACAUAUUAUAGAAAUCAAUAUAUAAAUAUAUUACUAUCAGACUGCCAU